AUGAGCUACGGCGGCUACGGAUACGAUGAUUUCGACGGUCCUAUCGGCCGGUCGGGCGCCACACGCCGUUUCGACGAGUAUUACCGUUGCUACCCCGUAGCUAUGAUGCCCACCGGCCGUGAGAACCUCAACUAUGGCGGGAAAGUCAUCAUGCCUCCGAGUGCUCUCGACAAGCUUACACGUCUUCAUAUCUCGUAUCCCAUGUUGUUCGAGCUUCAUAACGGCAAAGGGAAGCUUACACAUUGCGGUGUCCUCGAGUUUGUGGCUGAGGAAGGCAGGAUAUAUUUACCACAGUGGAUCAUGCAAACCCUCCUCCUAGAACCCGGUGACCUAAUGCAGGUCAAAUCCACCGAUCUCCCUCCAGGAUCUUUCAUCAAACUUCAACCUCAAUCCGUUGAUUUCCUUGACAUCUCAGAUCCAAAGGCCGUUCUCGAAAAUGCCCUCCGUAACUUCUCAGCCUUGACAAAGGACGAUGUUUUCUCCUUCUCCUACAACGACACAAUCUUCGAAAUCGCUGUUUUGGAAGUAAAGCCAAAUGUCAGAAAUGGUGCUAUCUCAGUCGUCGAAACGGAUAUCGAAGUCGACUUCGCAGCUCCGGUAGGGUAUGUUGAGCCGGAAAGGAGUAAACCAGCUAGUAGCGUGAACUCUACAAGACCAUCUUCUGCCCUCGCUGGCGGGGUCGGAGCAAACGCAGGACAGGGUGCCAUGGCAGCUCAGAUCGGAUAUCAAGAUUUAGCACCAGGUUCAUCGGGUAGCAAGCAUCUCAAACCAUCAGAUGCAUUCUCGGGAUCCGGCCAAAAGCUAGUCAACAGAAAGAGCAAAUCCAAGCCAGGAACUCCUGCCCCACCUCCACCUCCACCUACGAGUGUAGCUGCCCCUCCAACACCUUCCAUUAAGCUUCCGACAAAUGGAAAGAUUAUCGACACUGCAACAUUGAUGAGAGAUGGAAAACCCCCACCAGUCCCACUUCGACUCCCACCCGGUACUCUAUUCUUUGGAUACGAAAUCGUCCCUGUGAAGAAAACCGAAGGAUCCGAAUCCGAAUCCGCAAACGCCACCACAUUCUCCGGUCAAGGUCAAUCUUUGCGUGCCGCUUCAAAAAGAAAGGAUCGGGACGAGUCAGCCGAUCCGAAGGGAAAGGGUAAAGCUACAUCCACCGGCCAGUCUUCCGGGAGAACACUACGGGGCAAGGAGACCAUAGAUAUCGACUAG